AGAAGAAACACUUGAGCAGUCGGCGCAGGGGUUUCUGCGCAUGUUAACCACAACACAGCAUGAGCGCAUGCUAUUGCCGUUUUCUCUUUUUCAUCAUUACUUCAACAUUUCAGUAAACGUUCAUCUAAAAUGCCACCAAAGGGAAAAGGUGGCAAGGGUGGUAAAGGAGCGGCUUCAGGAAGUGCAGACGCUGACAAAAAACAAGAGAAAGCCCCAAAGGGAGGCACUGCUGUCAAGGUUCGACACAUCCUCUGUGAAAAACAUGGGAAAUGCAUGGAGGCAAUGGAGAAACUGAAGGCUGGAGUCCGUUUCAGUGAAGUAGCGUCACAAUACAGUGAAGACAAAGCGAGACAAGGAGGUGAUCUGGGGUGGAUGACGCGAGGAUCGAUGGUUGGACCUUUCCAGGAUGCAGCGUUCGCCCUACCUGUCAGUUCCAUGGAUAAACCAAACUACACAGACCCUCCUGUCAAGACCAAGUUUGGGUACCACAUCAUUAUGGUAGAGGGGAAAAAGUGACGUGAGGUGGCUCACCACUUGGAAUUAGGACCUACAAAUUCUACAGUGUGCUAUAUUGUGAAACUGAUUAUUUCCUGAUCUUACCGUUUUGAUGCAACGUUUGCUUUUUAUUCUACAAAAUGUUUAAGAAUAAGAAAAUGAAAUGAUCCCUUUUGUUCAAAUGUACACUACCUUACUGACAAUUCAACCUGAGGGAAUAUUCUUACACGAUUAACUUUCACAUUUACAUAAUUCGCUGGAUUUUCUUUUUGAGUUUGAUAAAGAUUGUGGGAAUCAAACCACGAACGGCCAAAUAAAAGAAUUUCUUUUCACUAGUA